AUGGCGUCCUUAUUGGCUUUCCUUGAACAACAUGGGUUUGAUGGUGUUGAUUUGGAUUGGCUGUCAUUCACCGAAUUCGAGGCCAUCUUGGCUGGUCCGCGCGGUAAGGCGAAGAAAUUAUACGACCUUGUGGCGGCAGUGGAAAUCUUUACUUUUGACGACGACCAGUGGGUUAGCUAUGACGACGCGAAGUCGUUCAAAGCGAAGAUGGACUACGCCAAUCCACAUUGCAUUGGCGGGACAUUGGUUUGGGCUGUGAGCCUUGAUGGCGGUGGCACUGCUACUAGAACUACCACACUCUUCAUUGAGGACUAUGGGUCAAAUGGUGGCAGCGGAGAUAUCUAUAUAGGACCGGACUUGUGGGCCAAUUCAGCGCAUGGUAUCUCAUGCGAGCCUCCUUACACUAUGGUGCUACCACCAUUUCCAAUGGAGACCCCGGUGGCUGCGGCCUGGCCUCCGAACACAACAAAUGUUUUAUCCAGCUCCGCUGAUCCGUUUAUACUAAAACCACAGUCCUCAGCUUCCCACCUUUUACUAUGA